AUCUUGUCCCACAUCUCAUUCACUCUUUCGCUAAACUCGUAAAUAAAUUUCAAAACAAGGCCACUUUGUAACACCAUACUAACCCCCCUUCCGUUUUCCUUCAACCAACGCUAUCCAUAUUUCCUCAAUCCACAACAAUGGCUACAGCUCCUUCGCUUCUACACUCUUCCGCCUCCCCUUUUCUCGCUCAAUUUCGAACUUUUCCAACCCAAUUCUCUCCCUCUUCAUCACUUUCUAACAACCGGUUUGGAAGUACAGUGGUGUCCGUGAAGGCCUCGGCUUCUGGGGCUGUCUUGGUGGAGAAGUCUGAAGCAGAGAAGGUUUUUAGACUCAGAACAACUUACAAGGAGAAAAUUGUUCCUUUGCUCAUUGAAGAGUUCUCUUACACCAACAUUCAUCAGGUGCCUAAAGUUGAUAAGAUUGUGGUAAACUGUGGAAUUGGAGAAGCUGCACAGAAUGCAAAAGGUUUGGAUGCGGCGAUUAAUGAUCUAGCACUUAUCACUGGGCAAAGACCUGUUAAGACUCGGGCGAGAUUGGCUGUUGCCACCUUCAAGAUCAGGGAAGGUCAACCACUUGGAAUUGCUGUGACGUUGCGAGGAAAAAUAAUGUACUCAUUUCUAGACCGCGUUAUCAACUUAGGACUUCCUAGGACAAGAGAUUUUCAAGGUGUGAAUAUAAGCAGCUUUGACGGGAAUGGAAAUUUCAACAUUGGUAUUAAGGACCAAACCGUGUUCCCCGAGCUGAAAUCUGCUCUUGGUACACCUAGAGGAAUGGACGUAUGCAUCUCAACAACUGCUAAAACUGAUCAAGAAGGACAGAAAUUACUAGCUCUCAUGGGUAUGCCCUUCAGAGAGGCAGUUGAAGCUACUCAAAUAGUUCGCAAAAAGAAGUUGAAGUCUCAUCAUUUUGAUGCAAAAUCAAAGGGUAGAGGAGAUAGAGCAAGGAAGUAAAAUCAUUUUUAUGAAUGCAAAAUCAGAGGAAUCGUGAUCUAAGGUUGUAACCAGAAGAGACUAUGUUGUACCACUUGUUUUGUUUAGAUGUAAUGGAAGAUUAUUGAUUCUUUUUGUAAGAGAUAUCAAUGUUUUCAUAUUGUCAUGAUAUUACAAGGUUGUAUGUAUUAUGGGCAUGCAGAUUAUGCUUGCUUACUAA